CGUUGGAAGUCUGAUAUUGCUUACAACUUAUUUGACUACAUUACUGGUUUUUGUUCCAAAGGCAAUUAUAAUUUCAAGAGGAGAUGACAGUCUUUCUCAGAAGUUGUUUUCUCCAAUUGGUGCAGCGUUUGGUUUCUUAGACACAGUCGCAGGAGAAGGCCAGAUGCCAGGAUUGGGCGCUGAUAGGUCAUUGUCCAUGCCUGGAGUCGCUCUUGCCGCAGGAAAGAUUGAAAAAAGUGACCAGAUGUCUACGUUGUAUAAUGCCUACCACCAUUUCGGAAAGAUUAAUUCUGACAAAACUGGUCCGUUUGAUGAUUAUUAUUAUAACUCCAAAUAAGCGUUGCUAGUGCACCACAGCAGUUC